UGCUCAACUUUUUGCUGUUGUCUGCAGUGAUAUCACAAAACAUAACUCCGUGGGUAAUAUGAAGCCUUCCGAAAUCACUCGCUUUCGAUCAACAUUCCGGGCAAUCUUUUUGACAGGUACGAUUACAGGAGCUUAAUAAGCAUGGAGACUGAACGGAGGGAUGCCAGCAGAGCCCCUCAACCUACCAGAAUAUUGCUGUUGUCAACAUCACAGUAGUCGCCGAUAGGUCCCUGAGAAGGUCUUCUUGCAAACCCUCGGAGCCAUGGAACAUAAACUACAACAGAGGGACAAAAACAGGCCCAGCUACUUUGGCAACGUCAAGACCAGACUGGGGUCCAAGCUCCAUCCUGGUGUUGCUCAGCCCCCCGGCUUCAUCGCCGGCCCCUGGGAGACAGGGCCUCAGACCGGCCCAACCAAGGAGGCCAGGGACAGCAGUCAGUCCAACCGUGCCGUGGGGCGUCCCUUUGACCACGUCCGCCACAUCCGGAACCCCCAACUGCGCCGGUAUUACCUCCAAGAAGCUACAUGGGUACCAGAGCGCGCCACAGCUAAAUCCAGGCAAGAGGGUCAACCAUCUGAUGACAAAGCAGACUGUAUGGCCCACCAUGAAGACACUGUGUUCAGUGUCACCUCCCAGUACAGUAGCCUGGGAGAUCAGACCAAGCUGAACAGGUAUCCCUCCACCUCCUCCUCCCUCAUCUCCCGGGAGCACCUCCGCGUUCCCAAGAGUAAAGGCUCUGGCCAAGGCUCAUCUCCCGUGGCGACGCACCCUGACCCCGACCUCAGGCUGGAGCCAGAGUUGGACACUGACCCAGGGCUUUCUCCGGCCCCAUCGCCCGGCCCUCACUCCCCGUCACCGGACACAGAGUAUGACAAGUUACUGGAUGUGGAGGCAGUGCCAAUGCCCGAUGGACAGAUCUGCCUACUGGCCCUCCCACCUGAGUGUUCCCUGGGGGAGGGGCCAGCGGCCAUGCCGUACCUCAAGCUCUUCUGCCGCUACAUCACUGACCGCAAGGGUGUGGUUUCUGGUAUCUUGCUGGUGACGUCCAAUGAGAUGUUCUUUGACCCGUGUAAGACUCACCCGUUGGUGAUAGAGCACGGCUGUGAGGAGUACCUGCUGUCCUGCUCAGUGGACAGCCUGGCCUCGGUCUCCUUCUACUCUGACAUCUCCCACGUGCACUUCAACUCCUCCACACACAGGUGGAAUGGAACUAAAAACAUACAGAAAGCUGGCUCCAAAACUGUCAAGAUGCUUGAGCAGGGUGGGAGGCGAAGCAGCAGUAGCCCUCCACACCACAAGGAGGAGACUGUCCCAACACCGGUGUCUGCUGCUACAUCAGAGCUGAGGUCUGCCCUGGCUCUGAGCCUGGUCCAGGGGUUCUCUGAGGAGGAGAGGAGCAGUGACAUGGCUGAGUGGCAGCUGGAGGGGAAGGGUAGUCCGCUGGAAGAGCUGGCUGUGCAGUCAUCCAGGACUGUGGGAGGAGCUGUGUUGAGCAGUGCUGCCACCUUCUGUUGUGGUGGACAAGAGGCAGCAGGGACAGGGAGUAAAGUGAGGAUGGAGCUGGUGGACAGAGAGGGUACAAAGAAGCAGUCUGUGAGGAAUCCGACACCAGGCCCCUCUAGACUGUCUUCAGGGACUUCUGGAGGUCUGGUGUUUGUCAGGCUGCGACUCCAGCAAUCCACUGGGAAGAAGAAAGGUGUGGCUGCAGGCUUGCUGCUGGGGACAAACAAAACCUUACCCCGGAGGGACUCCUGGUUCGCCUUCUCCCAGGAGAGCUCAGAUGAGCUGUAUGCCUACAUGGACCACUGGAGGCCUGGCCUGUGCAUGUUGGAGGGAGGGUCGGAGGAGGGCGAUGAGGAGGAGUUUGUACUGGUUGAAGACAGAGAAGAGGAGGAGAAGGAAGAAGAACAGGAGGUGUCCAAGAACCAUGGGCGGACUGGGGAAGACUGGGAGCUGGUGACAGUGGAGGAUGAUAGAGGGAGACUCCCCCUGGACAUGGACAAAGAUCCAGAGGGACUGUGUGAGAUCGUAGCCCAGAGUCGCAUCUUAGACGCGUCGCUUGUCAGAGAGCUCUCAGUGGAACUGCCACCCAGGACAGUGGGCCACACGUGGCAGCUGGCUUUCAGCACGUCUCGUCACGGCUCCAGCCUCAAGUCCCUCUACCGGAGGCUGAAAGGCAGCGACUCGCCUAUACUCAUGGUCAUCAAGGACUCACAUAAUCAGGUGUUUGGGAGCUUCCUCUCUCACCCUCUGAGGCCAAGCGAGACCUUCUACGGCACAGGAGAGACAUUCCUCUUCAUGCUACUUCCUCGCUUCAAGUGUUUCAAGUGGACCGGAGAAAACUCCUUCUUCAUAAAGGGAGACCUGGACUCUUUUGCUAUCGGAGGAGGAAGUGGUCACUUUGGCUUGUGGCUGGAUGAGAUGCUGUACCUGGGCAGGAGUAGCCCCUGUUACACCUUCAACAACUGCUGCCUCUCGGAAAGAGACGACUUCCACGUCAUGGAGCUGGAGGUGUGGACAUUCUGGUGAAGACAUGAACUCAACUCACCUCGCCUAGCAACACAUACUGACUCUCUCUGGCUGUCCAAUCACUGCAUUAAACAGGACUCUAGAAACCAUAUAUUCUCGUACAAUAAGUUGUUGGAUGUACCUGACUAUUUUGACUUAAAUGUGUGGUUUUGGGCUGGAAACUCAACUGUAAAUAACUGUUAUGUGGAGGGGUGUUGGUGGUUUGGAGAUUGUACCCUCGCUGCAUUGGAAGACUUGUCCUGUUGCAGCCCCCCACUCCUUCCGCAGAUUGGUAUGGUCCUCACUUUCAGGUGACUUGGCCUUGUGGAUACUGUUAUUCUAUGGUAGAAUUCACAUUUCCUUCCAACAAUGGCUCUCCCCAUCUAAAGGCCAUGCCUGCCUGCAUUUCCACCCCAGCACAACUCACACUCUUAUUCUGGCACCAUAGUUUAAAAUUAAUGAAUUGGAGGAACUGAAAUCACUACCCCUUGUGGCAUAUGAACUGGGGGGGGGGGUUCAAAGGUUCAAAGGUGACUAGAACAAUCCCCUUUCUGAUCAAUGUUCACACAGUACAACACAAAUAGACAUUAUGAAUGUUAUAACGUCUUUAUCUGAUACUUCUGGGACACGUCGGUUUCAUCAAGUGUUCAGCGCAAGCUCACUCAAGACUACUUUUUAGUAAAGAUCCAUUUUUAUUUUUUGCAGACAAUUUGCCACUAUCAGUCAAAAAGCCUAUUUCAAGGGGAUGACUCACCUCUGCAAUGGCUAAAUGUUCUGCCUACAUUGAAGCGCUUAACAAGAGGCUGAUGGAGAAACAGAACACUUUCCUAAGAUAUGACCCAUUUCAAAGUUUAUCACAUGUACACGUGAUAGAGGCAAGAAGAAGUUAAUCAUUGUGGAUUCUAAGUUCAUUUUGUUAUCUUUGGUGUAGUCACCCCUUAAGUUCUGAUCUCAUAGUCAAGGUGUUAAGAAAUAACUAGUGUCAACAUAAGACUGUUGGCUUUCAUAAAAAAUAUUAACAAAACAAACAAUUAUUACAUUACACAUUGUGCCACCAUACAGCUUUGUUUCCAGGUUUCCAUGACAGCUGUUGGCAACCUCGGGGGAACAGAGCGGGGGUGUUGCCUGCAGAAGCUUAAGCAAUGACAUCAGGCCCUACCCAGCCAACCUUGGACUUUCAGGCAAGGCCGUCACAAACUGCUGAAACUCUAGAGGGAACGACUUGCCCUGCCCUGCCCCCCAACAGAAAUAAACCCUGUGGUUCUUUGCAUAUUGCGAGAUAAAA